AGUUGUUUAUGGGCGCGCAUUCACAUUAAAAUCUUGCAAAUAGAUCAAAAUCUUUUUAAAAUGUCACAUUCUGAGAAAAUUGAAGCAUUUAAAGCGUGGGCCACAAGUCUUGGCUGUCCGCCCAGUGUCAUUCCAGCUGAUGAAGAUCUCAGAAACAUCUUCAAGUCGGGCUCCCACCAGCUUUUUGAUCAACUGCAGAGACGUAUUCGACCGCGUGAGGAGGUGGAGGAGGUAAGGGCAAAUCUUCUCAUCGCCCAGGUGGCGCGUCAUAAGGGCAAGGUAGUGCCCCUAGCAUCGCGCAGCUUUCUGCCACCACAGCUUCAAAUGCUGCAACAAAUGAAGGAGCUGACGAAGAAGAAGGAGACGGCAGAGCAAACUCUGAAGGAGGCCAGACAUGAGUAUGAAAAACUUGCCGGCAGCAUCAAAUCAAAAAACAUACAAACUAUCAGGGCCAAGAACAAGAGAGAUCUUCUGGAGUCAAAAUGCAAUAUGCUGGAGUUAAAACUGGAGUCUAUGAACAAAUCUUAUGAGCUGGAGCUGAGGAACAAGGCUCAAAUCUUGGCCACGACACCAGUGAAGUUAAGCUCAGAGAAUGCCAGCGAAAAGCAAGCCUUCAAUGUGGUGGAACAGGCCCUCAAGGAGCUAGAUGCAUUUUACGGGGUCUGCAAUGACGAGACCAAUAAUGCCCACGUAUUGACAAAGGCCAAGGAGCGGCUUUGGAACGAGAUGCGCAGCAUCUUUGCUAAAACUCCGAAUGCACCACUUUUCAAUGUAAUAAUGAAGAUCAAGGAGGAACAGUUGCAGUACAUAACGCAGCUAAGCACGGCUAAUAAGGGAAGCACCCCAAAAGCCAAGCCCCUGCUGACCAACUACGAGGUCAAACUACUGAAGACUAAGGCGGAAAUGCUGGGACUGGCGGCCAAGUACCUUUCUGCUGAUAAGGAGUUGGUCAAGCUGGAAGCCCGUUUCUGCAAGGAGUACACUCCAUUUGUUGACGAACUGCAAAAUAAGGUGAACAGCUUCAAUCCGCUUAGCAGUGCCGACGAGGACAGCACCGACGAGCUCAUUAGCGACUUUCUUGUGCAGUUUACCAUGCGCACUUUCAAUAUGGCUCGCAACGAAUACCUCGUCGAGCAAAUUGAGCAACUUCGCCUCGAGUUGAAGGCGGGCGGCAAGCAGCUGGAAGAUCACGACCUACUUUUGGGCUCCGUGAAGAAAGUAUACAACGACAUUAGCACCUCCAUCCAUCGCAUACAGGAAGAUAUGGGCCAGCUCUCGCAGAUAAAGGAGAAGAUCCUCUACUCGAGGAACAUGAUGAAGAACUUGCUGGAUGACAUGCAUGCAGCCACCCAGAACCAGAAUGCCAAAUCUCAGUUGAUCAGCACCAAGCUUAAGGUUAACAACAUGUCGUUGCUGGGCUCGGAGAGCUUCUACAUGGCCAACGACACUGUUUUCUCUAGCACCAAGCUUGAAUUUGAUUGCAACACCAGCAUUGCCAACUGCACUCUGGUGCCGGGUGCAGCAGGCUCGGCAUCAACUCACACAUCUGGAGCCGGCAAAUUCGUGCCCUGCCACCUGCUCGAACUAAACAUGUUCGCCGAAAUGCCGCUGAUAAAACUAAGCGUCAUACCCCAAUCCUGCGCCCAUUUGCUGUCGGCCAAUCCGCUCAUCGUUGAAGCCCAGGAGCUGGCCUCCACCGUUCAACUGGUGCCGGGCCAUCUGCUGACACCCUUCGGGGCCUUGCAGGAAGUCCGUAAACGCAUUUUGUGGGCGUCAGCAAUUGCCGCACACACGUCUGACUUGAAAUUGAGUUUGCAGCCGUUAAUUGUGGAUCCGCACGAUUUGAAGCUGAAGUCACGUCGCCAGCACGAGGAAAUCGAACAAAAGCUGGACAGCCUAAUGGCCAUCGGCGUGAAGUCCAAUCUUAUGUUGCAGAAGGCUGAGCGCAUCUAUCACUUCAUCCUCGAAAAUCCGCUGCAACGCUACGUGCCGCCCACAAAGCUCUUCAGCAAUGGCACCUUUUCCGACUACGAGUCGGAGUUCAAUCUAUAUUAUCGCAUGGCCACCAUGGGUGGUGCCAAAUAAGCAAUCAAUUGAGGCAAUUGUUAGAAUUCUGGCUCAUAUUAGGUUUAAGAGAAUAUCCCUGAAAGGGAAAAUAUAAAUACAAAUCAAAU